AGUAGUGCCUAGGGUGCGAUGUUUGCAUUUCCAAAAUAUGCAAGUUUUCCGUUAUAAAUUCUCCCUCAUUCUAAUUACACAUCAUUGAAAAAUAAUCAGACUGAAUCACUUUAAUAAUGUUUCACGUAGUUUAAUUACAUUGAUUGCAAUCAAAUCGAAUUGUCGUCUGCACGACCCACCUUUGUGACCCGAAAUCCAACAGAAAAGCAGUCCGGGCCUCUGAUGGACAUGAAGGCACGGUGCUUCAGGAGUGGAAAGACUCACUUAUCCGGGUGUGAAGAGGGUGGGCAGUUACCAGAAGAGUUGACAAAAGUCUUCACUGUCCAUGCAGAGUCCUCCCACCUAAACCCAGCUACCCCUGCUUCUCUCUCGCUCAGUCUCUCACAUGCUCUCUGUGUUCUUUCAUUAACCUAGCAGUCUAAAGCGCUGAGCAAGAAGAGAGGCCAGCCAGGAACCAUGGGCAUCUGCAGCAAUUACAGCGGGUUAUCUCGGCUCGUCUUCGUUGGCGCUCUGACCAUCUGCAUGGCUUUUGUGCAGUCAGAAACAGUGGCUGAUUCCUCCCCUACCCUGCAGAAUGAUAACCAGGACACACUAUCUGGUGCUGGAGGCUUCGAUAUGACGACGAAAGUCCCUUUCCAAGACCCCAUAGAAAACGCCUACACCUCUGAUUAUGAGGAUAGUACACACUCAGUGACUCUAGAUGAGGAGGAAGUUGUGCUGGGGCCGGGUGCCAUCACAGCUAUCGUCAUCGCCGUGUUCCUCGGAGCCUCGGUUCUUCUCGCUCUCAUCGUGAUCACGCUCAGAAAGUUCACUGCCUCUUAAGGAGAGACAUUUACGUUUUCGUUUCCUCCCUUUCUCAAUCCCAUCUCUUCUUUUUUUCCCUCUCCUCUGAACUGUAUUUCAAGUGUCUCGUUGGUGGCAGGUCCUUCACGAAAUGGAUGCUCUUUAUUGAGACCCGUUUCGUGAUUUCUUUCUCCUGUAAAACUCAACCAGGAGAGACUAAACAAAAGGGGAACUGCAAUCAAGAGAAGUUUUGGUUGCAUUUAUUUGGUGACCAUAUAUUCAUUGUUGAUAUCCUCUUGUAUUAAGGUUUAGAAUUAAAUAUUUAAAGAAGGUAGAAUUAUUAUAUUAAAGUCACAAUUUAAGAUAUAGUUUAAUACCAUUCAUGUGCAACUAGUUUUAUUUAGUUUCAUGCUUUAUGCAAAGUUCCAAUUUUCCUGUUAUUCCGACUUGUGUCCUUUAGUUGAAGAUAAAGUGUGUGUGUGUGUGUGUGUGUGUGUGUGUGUGUGUGUGUAUGUAUUAAGAGAAAUCAAAGUCUUUGAGAGCGAAUGUUUCAGUUUCAAACUUUUAUACAUAAACUGAUGAAUUUGUCACCUUGUGAUUGGUAACUGAACAGAU